ACACGUUUGGAGGCAGAAGACGAAGAAGCAGCUUGGAAGGAACACGUUCCAUAGCCAGCCAUGCGAGGUAUCCUUACUGUUACCGUGACUCUUCAGCUUGUCCGAUGGUCGACCUGUACCACACCCGAGCCUGUGGGCGCUCGCGUGUCCUGGGACGCUCUGUACUUGCGCUCUGGCGCCCUCAACCUGACGUGCAGCGUGGCCUUCCGCACUUUUGCUCACACGCGGUGGUCCCUGAACGGACGUCCACUUGAGGACGAUACCGUGCUGGAGACCAUCCUCACAGGACGUCGCGAAGGAGGCCUCAUGAUGCGUGCUCACCGACUCGAAGUGCCCCGUCUUCAGCGUCUGCCAUCGCCGUCAGGGCUUUACAACUUUUCCUGCGCUGCAGUUGCUGACGGGGAGCUCAGCUGUGGCUCAGCGUUCGUGACGACGUUCUUUCAGGACAGUUGCAGGCCAGGCGUCGAUGACGACUGUAGGUCCCGCGGGGGCAUCUGUCGUAGCGGUCAAUGUGAGUGUGCACGACCUCGUCCGGUGCGGCUUCGUUCCCGACACACAACGUGCCGUCACUCUUCCCGCCUGGGAUGGCCCUGCACCUACGAUGAACAGUGUUCUUUCCUGGUGGCCGGCGCCUACUGUGGUAUCACUCGCACCUGCCAGUGUGCUGCGGGACGAGAACCAGAUGCCCAGGGUCUUCGCUGCAGUGCUGAACAGAGUCAGGCGACUCCGCCACAGCCUUCGACCUGCCAGUCACACAGUGACUGCUCAGCCUCUCUACCUGCGGCCGUGUGUGGAGCAGACCAUGUGUGCCGAUGCCGUUCUCCAAAAGAAUUGUGUCCACGGAAGGGGAGCCGGAAGGGCGAUGCCAACGGCAAUACGACAUCGGUCCUACAAGAGCUACAACAGGGCCUCACCAGUAGAGGGCCGGCACACCUAAAACACCCUGCCAUCGUGAUCGUAGUAGCAGCUAUCGUACUUGUAAUGUUAAUUUAGUUCAUACCUGUCAAUGUAUAUAGAUAUGUUAAGUUGCAAAUCAGUGACAGAAUGAAUAGUUGUUGAUUGUA